UGUUUUCUCCUUACUCAAGGGUAGGAAUGUGUGGGUCAGUGGAGGCCUCAGCCACCCUUAACCACCAAUAUAUCGAGCUGCUCUCAGGCCUGAUGACCCCUAGGAUCUAUGGUCUCAGCUGGGACAGCUGGAGAGUUUCAGAAAACAGUCCGUUUAAAUGCCUACAAGGAUGGAAACUGAUUACCUGAGGAGGUGCUUUGGAAACUGCCUGGCCCAGGCACUCGCCGAGGUGGCAAAGGUUCGGCCCAGCGACCCCAUAGAGUACCUGGCUCACCGGCUUUAUCAUUACAGGAAAACCGCUAAAGCAAAAGAAGAGGAGAGGCAAGAGAAGAUCCAGGUGAAGGGACAAGAUGAUAAUCACCCCAAAGAAAGAGAAGUAACAGAAAUGCUAAAGCAAGAAGAGUGUCAGAUUCCACAGAGGUGUGAAAAGUAUCCCGAGUCACUGAUUUCUGUAGCUCGUUCCACAGAGAAGACCAUAGUCAUGCAGGAGAAUGCAAAACCCCUUGAGAAAGAGGCCUUGAAGCAGGAAUCCCUGCCAGGUACUUCCAAUAUGAUUCCAGGAAUGUCUCAACAGAUUUCUUCAGAGCCAUCUGGCUAGACUGACUGGAACGUCACAACUCCACAGGAAAUAAAUUACUAGGCUUUUCAGGGUGAAAUUGCCCAAAUGCAUUCUGGCUCCAAGUCUCCUUCUUAGGUUAUCAAAAGAUGGAUGAUUCUGGAGUUGGCCCGGUGGCAUAGCGGUUAAGUGCACGCGUUCCACUUCUGGCUGCCAGGGGUUCGCAGGUUUGGAUUCCGGACAUGAAGUGACGCACCACUUGUCAAGCGGUGAUAUAGCGGUGUCCCAUAUAAAGUAGAGGAAGAUGGGCAUGGAUGUUAGCCCAGGGCCAGUCUUCCUCAGCAAAAAGAGGAGGAUUGGCAACAGAUGUUAGCUCAGGGCUAAUCUUCCUCACAAAAAAUAUAUAUGUAUAUGGAUGAUUUUACUGAUGCUUCUGUCAAAGCUGCAAACUAAGAAAUGGCCAGCUAGAAGAGUUCCUACGUGAAGGUGAUAACUAUGCAGAUUAAAGCUAGGUUUGAGUGGCUGUGGAAGGAGGUGUCUGCAGUGACUCUCCAGCCCAAGUUCUGUGCUGAUAGGCUUGAAAACCCUGAAUCGUGUAAGAUUUGAACUAGUUAUAGGAUAAAAUAAACUAAUAAUAAGGAUUUAAAAUAAGUAACCAAAUGGAUGAGACUUUUUCCUCGUUUUGUCAUUUUUUUGGAGACCAGACCCAGACCGUGAAAAUACAUCCAUCUCACGUGUUCAUGUCUUAACUUCAACUGCACUUUGCAGUCAGACCCCCUCAGAGUGUUCACACAUGUUUUGGAGUGUACCUGUGUCACUGAAAACAUCUAUUUUGAAACAGCUCCAGUGACAGUAAAACUCAAAAGUUUGAAAAAGAUUUUUUUCAAUUAUUUCCUAUCUGUAUUCAUUCAAAUAUCAUCUAUAUGCUGAUGGCUUCAGAUUUAUAUCUUGAUAAUCAAGAUUCCUUUGAGUGGGAGAGUGGCAAAAUGGGUGAAGGAGGUCAAAAGGUACAAACUUCCAGUUAUAAAAUAAAUAAAUCACUAUAGUUAAUGAUACUGUGUUGCAUAUUUGAAAGUUGCUUGGAGUAAAUCUUAAAAGUUGUCAUCAUAAGAAGAAAACAUUCUGUAACUACGGUGACAGAUGUUAACUAGACUUAUUGUGGUCACCAUUUUGCAGUAAAUAUAAAUAUCAAAGCAUUAUGUUGUACACCUGAAACUAAUAUGAUGUAUGUCAAUUAUACCUCAAUUAAAAAAAAGAUU